AAUUCCUUAGAUUAUUCAAAGUCAACGGGGUUGACUUGACGCCGGCGAGACUUUUAACGGGACGAGGGAGAAGGCUGGGUUCGACGAUACCCUUCCCCUCGAGGAUUUCAACUCCAACUGUCAAUCUGCCAUCGAAGAAUGGAAGGGCUCCGGAGUCGCAACCGUUAGACGACCGCUUCGGUCGAAGAAUUAAAGCCAAAAGGCAAGAUUUUUUUUUUUUUUUGUUUUGGUUUCCCGCUCCGCCGCCACUGUGGAGCCCGGAGGAGGGGCGCAGCGGCCGAGGCCGCCGCAGCCGCCUCGGCCGGCAGUGGCCCUCCCUUCGCGCACCGCCAUAGAGAGCCUCUUUCGCCCGGUGGAUUUCAGUCCCGGCCUGUCGAGCCUCUUGGCGGAACCCGAGAUGGACUACGGCGCCUCCUUCUCCCAGCUCCUCGCAGGCGCCAUAGGGCCCUCCGCGGCUGCGUCGGCGCCGGCGCCCAGAAGGGUAGGGGAGGAGGAGGAGGAGGAUUCGAUGAAUGGGGAGUCAAAGAGAGGCGGAAAGGAGGUGGCUUUGAGCUUGGGGCGGAGCCGGCCGGCCAGUCUCAUGUUGAACCAGACGCCGGCGAUCACAUUUCCGGCGGGAAUCAGCCCGUCGAGUUUGUUCCAGUCGCCCCUGUCACUGUACUCGCAAAACCAGGGACAAUUCGAACUGAAUCAUGUUCAAGGCUCACAUCUUCAUCCUUUUCCUUAUAUUCCUCCAGAGUUUCGAUCUACUACCUCAACGACAACGAUAACAUCGACGACAUCCUCCUUGAGACAAUUGUGUGUGCCACCAUUCAACCUCUCUUCAAUUCAGCAGAUGCCAUAUCUGCCUCUGAGCACAUACAAUUCUUCUCCUCAACUUUCAAGCCUUCCUUUCGCUGACAAAAAACCACAAACUUCGAACCUCAUUGCCGACAAACCGGCUGAUGAUGGUUACAAUUGGCGAAAAUACGGCCAGAAACAGGUGAAGGGCGGCGAGUACCCUCGGAGUUACUACAAAUGUACUCAUCCAAAGUGCCCGGUUAAGAAGAAGGUGGAGCGCUCUUUUGAUGCACAAGUAACUGAAAUAAUCUACAAGGGGCAGCACAAUCACCAACCACCCCAGCCAAUUAGGCAGGGAAAGGAAGGUGGUGGAUUGGCAAGUGAUUUUAACCCUGAAACUUCUUUGCAAGGCUCAAGACAGAGUGAGGCUACAUAUAAGAGAGACCGAGAAUCGGAUUUUGGAUCCAUGGAACAUCUAUCAGACUCAAGUGAUGAUGAGCAAGAUGAGGAGAGUUCAAUGGGGAGAGAUGAGAUGGAUGAAAUUGAGUCAGAUUCAAAAAGAAUAAACAUGAAUCCGAGGAACAUCAAAACAACAUCCUACAAGACGAUGACGGAGCCCAAAGUUAUUGUUCAAACAACCAGUGAAGUUGAUCUAUUGGACGAUGGUUAUAGAUGGAGAAAAUAUGGGCAAAAGGUGGUCAAAGGAAAUCCUCAUCCCAGGAGCUACUACAAGUGCACUAACAUUGGUUGCAAUGUAAGGAAACAUAUCGAAAGAGCUUCGUCGGAUCCUAAAGCUGUGAUAACGACAUACGAAGGAAAGCAUAACCAUGAUCUACCAGAAGCAAGAACUAGCAGUCACAACGUGAUGAAUGCUGGUGGUUCAACUUCAAGCAACACUCCUCCAAGUAUUUUUCAGAACAAUCCUCCUUCACUCAGUAGAACAGCAGUUGAGCUGAAGAAAGAAGAUGAAAGUGGCCAUCUUUUCAACCUGAAGAAAUGAACACCUCGGCUAAUCAUUCAAAUAGCAUAGAAGUUUGAAGACUUGGAUUUGUUGUCCUAAUUAAUUGGUGGAUUUGAUAACAUUGUCUGUGAUUUUUGCAACCUGUAACUGAAAAAGUUGUAUCUUUGCUGUGUUUGUUUGUGCCAAAGAUUUCAUGGCUCACUUGAGGAUAC